UUAUAAUAAUGAAUAUUUAUGAUGUUCAACAGAGACACCGGUCACAGUUGGGUAGAGCGCAUGUUAGUCGUGGCUCCAGAGGUUUUUUUAAGGGAAUACAACAUCACAACGACAUUCAGCGUGGAACCAGACUAGGCAACAAGGCUACGAAUAACGCGCAGUAAAACGAAGGAGUAUUUGAACCUUGGCUACCACACUCUCAUAUGAUUGUGAACGCCUCGCUGAACCAAGCACGGAUCUGUACGCUAAAAGCAGUAACAUUGACGAUGCAUUACGAGGACAUUUUGCACAAAAUCGGCCAUUUUGGCAAAUACCAAAAGUUUCUUGUAAUUGUCGUUUCCAUGACGCAACUUCCCGGGGCAUGUCAGUUCCUAGCUCAGGUUUUUCUAGCGGCCGACACCGACCAUUGGUGCCUGAUCCCUGCCAGCCAGGCCGUCAACUGCAGCCUGCUCCAGCUGGACUCGGUGUCUGCCUGUCAGGAAGCGCAGAAGAACCAGAGUAUCCCGUACGAGUUGGACUCCCAGGGAAGUCGAGUUUACUCCUCGUGUGAGCGGUACGUGUUCGAAGAUGAGGAAGACGGCGACCAAACUACCAACUCGACGGAUGUCAUCGACUGUGAUGCUGGCUGGGAUUUCGACCGAUUGCGCUACAAAUCCACUAUCAAUGAAGAGUUUCGUCUUGUGUGCGAGAGAGAAGAUUUUGUGGGUCUCGCCCAGUCAGUCUGGUUUGCUGGUGUACUGACGGGCUCCUUAGUCUGGGGUUCGGUGGGUGAUUGGCUCGGAAGAAGGAAAACUUUCAUCCUAAGCCUCAUCUUCGUCUCCAUCUCAUCCAUUGCGACGACUUUUGCUCCCAACUUCUUGGCUUAUAUGGCAUUGCGUUUCGUCACGGCCGCUUGUGCAUAUGGAAUUAUGCUCAUUAUUUCCAUCUUACCUACCGAGAUCGUCGGCCCAAAGGACCGUGUAAAAGUCGGCACAGUGUCUGCAAUAUUCUUUGCUCUUGGCUAUCUGCUCCUGUCCUUUUGUGCCUACUUUAUACGGGAUUGGCGUCACCUGCAGCUGGUCAUUUCGCUCCCUUAUCUCCUCUGUUUUCUGAUGCUUAUAAUUCUGCCCGAGUCUCCGCGAUGGCUGAUAUCCAAGGGUCGCUUCAAGGAAGCCAAGAAAAUCAUCACAAAGAUCGCCAAGGUGAACGGCACCAAGGUCCCGGACAAUCUCCUUGGGACACUUGAGAGUCUACGGGAGGAGGAUGAGAAGUCGAGUCCGGUACGUCGGACUACGAUACUUGAUCUUUUUAGGACUCCAAACAUCCGUAAGAAGACUCUCAUUAUGUUUUACGCCUGGUUUGUGGCAAGUAUGGUUUACUAUGGGCUAUCUCUCAGCACCUCAUCUCUAGGGAUAGACGACUACGUGGCUGCCUUCGUAUCGGGAGCAUUGGAGAUUCCUAGCUAUCUGAUGUGCUGGUUCGUCAUGGAGAAAUACGGAAGGCGAUUCACCAUGUUCGCAUUCUUUAUGUUCGGAGGCCUGUUUUGCCUCGCAACCAUCUUUGUUCCUCUCGGGGCGGGCAGGGUGGCGGUAGCCAUGACGGGCAAGUUCGCCAUCACUGCUGCAUUCAACCACAUCUACAUCUAUACGUGUGAAAUCCACCCAACCGUCGUAAGGAGUAUUGGCCUGGGAGCAUCUUCCAUGGCAGCCCGCGUGAGUGGGGUUCUGUGCCCCAUCAUCUUGAUCCUAGGCAAGUACUGGCAACCACUGCCUCUCUGUGUCUUCGGAGGCAGCUCCGUGCUGGCCGGGAUGCUGUCUCUGAUGCUGCCGGAGACCUUGGGUCGUGACAUGCCGGACACUCUUCAGGACGGAGAGAAAGUUGCCAUGGGUUGGAGCCCGGGAUGCUGUAAGACGGAUUCCUUUGACAGCAGUGACUCGUCUAAACUUCCUGCAGACUUCCUUCUACUGUCUUCAACUGAUAAAUCUACAACUGAACCAGCGGUAGUCUGAAGUCUGAAUCCAAGUUACAAAUUCAAUUUUCUGUCUAAAGGCUCAUUUUCUGUGAUUACGGCCAUUUUCUUCCUUAAGUUGUUGGUGAUAGGUUAUUGGUAUGUUUAAUUUCGUCAGUAUUCGGAUAUGGAGAAUGAAGUCUUUGUUAAUGUGGACACUUUUUUGGGGGUGCUACAAAAUGUUAUGGGUAAUUCUACAUUAAAAACGUCAUGUCAAACUCUGUCGUUGGUAAUUGGCUUUUCAUUUGGUGUACUGCAAAUCUGAAGAAAGGGGAUUUAAUUCUCCAAAGAACAUUGCAAGUUUUCAUUUUCUUUUCUUAUUUCUUAUUUUGAUGCUGUAAUCGAACGCUUAUUAAGUUUUUUUUACGACUUCAAGUUUCAAUUAGUUGGUUGAGGGGUGUUUUGGGAUAAUUAAGGGCUUAUUUUAGAUAAAUUAUUUGGUUUAAGAGAGAAUGAAUUUUUUUCUUCAAAGCAUGGCAUUUUGGAGAUUUAAUCAUCUUUGCUGUGGGAUAUUACGGUUGAAACUUGCUCUAGCCGUUCUCUUCCGACAAAUUUUCCUUUCCUUUUUUUUUAUUGAGACAGAACAAGUUACUGGUUGGUUUUUUUUUUUUUUUUUUUUUUUUUUACUUUUUAACCCUCUAAAAAAUACACUUUACGACGAGUUGUUUUGCGCCCAUAACGCACAAAAAGAUAUACUCCUUCAUUAAUAUCGGACCGCAAAUAAUUCGGAAUUUGUAAAGUAAAAAUGGCAUAAGUAAACAUGCAUGGCGGAUAUUUUUUAUUUGAUGUUUCAUUCAAAAGUGCACAACUGUUGUAUUGCUAUAAAAAUAGCAAUUUAUAAACAAAAUCUGUACACAGAUAAUUUUAAAUGCAGUAUAGGAAGAAGAUAAGCAAAGACUGUGAAAAUAAGUGAAAUUAUUAUUUCGUGUUACUAAGAACAUUCUGUUCACAUUUUGAAUCAAAAUCCUUGUCUACAUGAUGAAAAGUGACAAUAAAAGUUCACAUCAGUAAUAAAAAUAGGCCUACGG